UCUCUGCUGCCAUUUCUCUCCUUGUGUGAGACACAUGCUCCUGCGGUACAGCUGAUCAAUGUUGAUCUGGAAGAUAAACCCUGUUGAUGUGUAGGAUCGGAGAGUGAGACUGUUUUGAGGGCUUGUGUGAGAGAGGAUAUUUGUACUCAUGGAUCGGUUUGAACAAGCCCCUGGGCAAUUCAGGAACUUCCAGAAGGACGACUUUGAGGCUGACUGGAUCAGGGUGGCAGAAUGCAGAUUUGGUCAGGUGUACCAGGUCAAGCUCAAGCUCUGGCGGGAAAAAUUUGCUUUGAAAAGUUUUGACACAGCCUUGUGUGGAAAAAACCUUUACAGGAAAAUAAUAGAGGAGGUGUCCAACAUAGCCAAAUUGAAAUUCAAGUACAUAAUGUGCAUAUAUGGCAUGUGCAGCGAAGCGACUGCACUUGUGAUGGAGUACAUGAGUAAUGGUUCCCUGAACAAUCUCCUGGUCAGUCACACUUUGAUGUGGCCAAAGAAGUUUCAGAUGAUUCAUGAGACCUCCUUGGGUAUGAAUUUCCUUCACAGCAUGAAACCUCCUCUACUCCAUCUUAACCUAAAGACUUCCAAUAUCCUUGUAGACGAUCAUCUCCACAUCAAGAUUUCAGAUUUUGGUUUAAUCCACUGGGAAGAGGGCAUGAACAAGACCUUGUUCAUAGAGCAGUUGACUGCAAGAGGGAACAUAAGUUACAUUCCUCCAGAGACCUUCACUCAAUCCCCCAAUCCUCCAGGAACUACCUUUGAUGUUUACAGCUUUGGAAUUGUGAUGUGGGAAAUUCUGACACAACAGAAACCACAUGCAGGUUGCAGUGUGACCACGGUGCUCUUACAGGUGUCACAGGGGAAGAGGCCCUGUGUGGAGCUGAUACCUGAUCAGAGGCCUCCUGAGUGUGAACAGAUGAUAAGCAUCAUGAAGCAGUGCUGGGCCCAGGAUCACACGGAGAGGCCACAGUUCUCAGACUUUGUGAGGCAAACAGAGUCCCUGAGUGAAUUCCUGAAAGUUCCAGUUCCAAUUCACAGCAGCAAAAAUGGGGAUGCGGGACAGAAAGCGGAUUAUCCUUGGCUGAUCUCACCAAUGAAAAAGAUCACUUUGCCUGAGAUGUCUCACUCUCCUUCAGUUGACCAAUAUAGCAAGGAGGACAUUCUCUCCAUGCUGUCAAAGAAGGACUUUGGUAGUUUCAGGCAUUCUGUGAGAAGAGAGCAUGUAUACACACACUUUUCCGGCCAAAAGAGACUGCUUCACUACACGGUAGCCAGCGGUGAUCCAGAGAGUGUGAAGCACGUCCUGAGUCUGGGUGCUGAAGUCAACUGUACAACUGCCAGAGGUUACACUCCUCUUAUUAUUGCUGUUCUGCAGAGGUUUCAUGACACCAUCACUGUAUUGCUGGACCAUGGCGCAGAUGUGACCCAAGGAGAAGAGGACCAAUGGACACCUCUGCAUUUUGCUGCUCAGAAUGGUGAUGACAGGACUGUCCGACUCCUGCUGGACAAAGGUGCUGUUGUAGAUGCCUGGGAAAAAACUGGUUGGAUGCCCUUCCACCUGGCCUGCCAAAAUGGGCAUGAAACUGUGGUGCGCCUCCUGCUUUCACGACUGUCACAGAAAGCUGUCGUAGAACGGGAGAAGGCACAGGGGAGGACACCGCUCCACUUGGCCUCCAUCUAUGGACAUCUCAACAUCACAAAGCUCCUCCUCACUUAUGGGGCAGAUCCCAAUGCGACGGAUAAAUUUCUGUGCACUGCUCUUCACCUAUCAGCUGAGGAAGGCCAUAACAGAAUAGUCAGACAGUUGUUACAGAAUGGAGCGACUACUGACACUGCAGACAGCAGAGGAUACACUCCACUUCACUUGGCUGCUCUAAAGGGUCAUACAGGUAUAUGUAGGCAGCUCCUGUCAAACAAAGCCAACCCAGACUCCAGGACCAUCCAGGGAUGGACUCCCAUGCACCUGGCUGCCCUAAAGGGACAUGAAGCUACACUGGUCCAGCUGGAGAGUCAGGGUGGUUGUGUAAAUGCAAGAGGUGAGAAUGGAUGGACUCCACUACACUUGGCCUGUCACCACAGUGAGCCAGAUUUGGUGGCAAAACUCUUGGCAGCCAAAGCCGACCCAAAUGUCACAGAGGAGAGUGAGGGAUGGACACCGUUACAUGUAGCCUGUAACAGUGUCAGUUUUCCAAGUGUCCUCCACUUGAUAUCCUAUGGUGCAAAUGUCAAUGCUUUAAAUUAUGGAAAUGCCACACCUUUACACCUGGCUGCCCAGCACGGCUGUGUACCCAUUGUAAAAGCUUUAUUAAUGAAUGGAGCAGACAGGACACUGCUGGAUUCUUCUGGAUCCACAGCUUUAAAUGUAGCUCAGCGGAGUGAAAAGUUGGAAAUAGCAGAACUACUAGAAAAAGGAUGUUGACUAUGAUGAGGAUUAGAAUAUAAUGGAGGAAUUACAAGACACUAUUGCGUAGCUUAAAGCACGAUAUUGAUGAUUUUGUCACAGGAAAAUGAGCAGUUUUGCCGAGCAGAAGAAAACCUAAUCAAUAAUUACAAACUCAUCUAUAUUUAAAAUUCUGUCAGACCAUCACAUAAUUGAAAAUAGAAAUCUAUCACUGUUUUUGUUUAAAAAUAAAUGGACAUUUAUGUCUGAUUUUUCCAGUAAUUACUUUCCUGCAAGUUCAAUAGAAGCGCCACACGAGGUCUUGACCUUUAUAUCAAAUCAGGCAUUUGUACCAAAAAUAAUUACUUUAAAGUCAGAAAAUAUCUGACAGAGAUAUUAUUGUGAUAAACUGGUGAGCGAGCCACACACGUGGGGGUCAGAAUCAGGUGAUGUAUACUGAUAAUGACAAAGCAUAUUGAUUCUCCUUAUUGAAUCACCCUGCUUGUUUGCUUCUUUAUGUGUGCUUUCCUGUCAGCUGGAAAAUGGACAUAAUAGUGUAAAAAAAAGAGCUGCUGUUGUAACGAUCCACAUAGAUUCUUUUGGUUAAACCCGUCAGACUUUAUGCAAACAUUAUUUGUCCAAUCUGGUUAAAUAACAGAUAUCAG